AUGGCUUCAGAAAGAAUAACCAAAACAACUAGACUGAGUAAACGCGGAAACGAAAGAGGUAUUGUGAAGUCAAGACAAAGGCGUGUUCCCGAAAUUGUCUCAUUCACUGCGUACCUAAGUCAAAGAAUUGACCAUAUGGGAGUCGGUCAUCAUGUUGUUUUUGAUAAGAUACUCACGAACGAUGGUGCGGGUUACAACAGCAAUACUGGAAUAUUCACUGUCCCUGAUACUGGACUCUACCUAUUUACCUACAGCGUGAAUGACCACUUCGACCGAAGCAUGUUACAACUUGUAGUGGAUGGAAGUAAUUUAGUUGAUAUUAUAGUCGACCCGGACUCCAGCACAGAGGAGGCAAUGAGUGGCAAUACGGCGAUCAUUCAUGUGAGUCAGGGACAGUCGGUAUGGAUCCAGGAGUAUCAUAUACAUGAUGGGUCCAUUUGGUCGGAUAAUACCGGAAGAUAUUGCAAAUUUUCUGGAGGUUUACUGUACUGA